AUCUGCUGGGAUCAGUCAGGGUUUGUACAUCGAAGCGGGAGCACGCUUCUUGAGCCGCUGAGAGAUCUCCCAUGCGGUGUCUGUGGUAUUCCAUGAAGUGUUGGUAGAGGUGGAGAGUGUAAAGAUGGUGUCGAGUGUAUGUCGCGGGUCAUACCCUAGCAUGACUCCUCAUGCAUCGCCCUCACGGAAGCCAAACAUCGACCCCCAAAAGGAUUACUUUUCCCCGCUCCAAGUGGAAACCUCGGUGGAGUAUGAUCUUCCAGCACACAUCUACCCGCCGAAGGGCUCCCAGCCCAUCCUCAUGAUCCACCCGGGAUACAUGUCUGCCGUCCGGGCACGAUCCAGAGCUGUCGUCACCCCCUCGCCCACCGCCAUGGUGGCCACGUCGGGGGCGGCUCGCCCGCUGGCGCCUUUGCAGCUGCCCCAGCAGCAGCAACAGCCACAACAGCAGCCGCAGCAACAGCAGCAACAACAACAACCGCAGCAGCAGCAAGUGGCGAGUGCUCGGUCUACUCGCGCUGUGCAGCCACGGCCGUGGUGCAUGUGUGGUAACCCCAACUGUAAUUCAUCUAGUGUCAAAUCAGUUAAUGUACAGAGUGCGAGAAACGUGCAAAAUGUGCAGAGCCAGAGUGUGGUAAGAAGUGUACAGAACCAGAGUGGUGCAAGAAGUGCACAUAGCCAGAGUGUAUCUAGAAUUAUACAGAAUCAGAGUGCCACAAGGAACGUACCUAACCAGAGUGUACUAAGAAGUGUUCACAGCCAGAGUGCAAGAAGUGUACAAAGUGCUCGUGAAGGAAGUAUGGUUGGAUUACCGAGCAGGAAUGAAGUGCUUCUGCUGCAACAACAACAGCAGCAGCAGCAACACCAACAACAGCAGCAGCAGCAGCAGCAGCAACACCAACAACAGCAGCAGCAGCAGCAGCAACAACAGCAGCAGGUGCAACAACCGCAACCACCAGCACCACAACAACAGUCUCAGCAACUGGUGUGGGGUAAUGGUGGUCGCUGCACAGGCCCUUGCUGCAAUCCGAAAGCGGCGGCGAUGGCACCUCCUCAGGCAGAGUUCGUGGCGCCAGGUCUGCCACCCUCCCUGCUGGCCAGAACACCCACCAGAGGCACGGCGGGUGGCUCACCCAAGCUAAGGGCGGCCAGGACGAGACGUGGUUUGUCAGUCGCUAGCAGUGUCAACUUGCCUGAUUAUCUUGGCAGUAGUCGGCCGGCCAGACUGACGGGUGGAGCUGUCCAUGUCCAUCCACGCCCAAGGGCAUUAUCUACCUCUAUGGGGGCUCUAGCUGCCACACCAGCGCCAUCCAUGGCUCACCAGCACAUGGGUAUGGGUGCUUCCCUCACUACUUCGUUAGAUCUGGCCAGGACGGAUCCCAUUACGCCCAGGUCACUAAUGCCCGUCCAGCAGCAGCAGCAGCAACAACAAGCACAGUCACAGCAGCAACAACAACCCCAACAAGCACACCAACCCGUGCAGCAAGCGCCCGCGGGAUCCACAUCACUCCUUUACACUGUUGGACUUUCGAGGGACUCUGGAUGUUCUGUGGGAACGGAGACUGCGGGCGGCGAGUGGGCGUCAGACAGAACCCGUGGCCUCGUUGACUCAGGAUUCUGCACACCAGUUGAUCUGACAGACGAUUUUGUGACAGAUACGCUUAACUUGAGUGGCGGCAGCUGGAAAGAGCCCUCCCUGCCGCUGCCUUCCUCCAUGACUUCCACCUCCAGCAGCAGCAGCAGUAGUGUCCACACCUCCUCUCUCCUGCCGGGGACGACCCACACCUCCUCUCUCCUGCCAGGGGCGGCCCACGCCCAUCACUACCUCCCACAGCCCUUAUGGAACUUGGCCUACUAAGGGUUCUACGCUUACCGAGCACCGGGGCCGCAGCCACAGGGGCCUGGGUAUCCCUCCCGCCGGGGACGCUGACGGGGACUCCAUGACCGGUUUUGCAAAUUGAAAAUUAAGGCGAUGGAAGAAUUUUCUCCUUCAGAAGACGAGUGACUGACGCGAUGAAAGACUCAGAAUUGGGGUCAUGCGAUUUUGAGACGAUGAGAUGGCCUGUUCAGCGACCCGUCCCCGGCCUCACCUUUGCCUCUCGCCUUUCACUCAGGACUUCCUUAGACACUCUUAUCGACUCUGAUUGCUGUAACUUUGUUUACUGAGUUCAUACUUCAUUCUUCUCCUUGACUCAUGAUUUCUCCUUCCCCUCGCCCCAGCCCGCGGCCCCUACGUGCCCCUCAGAACCAACACUGUGCUGUGAUAUGCCGUGCUGGCCUACGGAGCCUCGUCGCGAUUGUCAGUCCUCCUCGUCGUGGUCAUCGUCAUUAUCAAUGUCGUCGCCAAUCAUUAGCAUAGUAGCAAGAUGACCGACUGCAUGAUAGCUGGUGGCCUUUUGCGUCACCGUGGUCGUCGCCUGGUCGCUAUAACAAUCGUCGUCACCUUGUGAUUGAAGGCUGUCGGGAAGCGUCUAGGUGUUGGUUACGGCCGCGCCUGCAUCUCCCGCCUGCCUCCCCCAAUCCCCUCCUCCUCUUAUUAAAAGAACAGUUGUGGUCGUCGUCGUCGUCGUGUCAAGUCGUCAUCGUAGUGAGUAGUGAAGGUAGAGUCAGCCCGAGUCACCGUGGAGGGUUGAGUGGUCUCUUCCUCUUCCUCCGAGGGGAACCUCUCCUUUUCAUCACCUCGGCUAAUUAUCUCAUGGUGUACUAUUAAGUGUGGAAACUUAUGGGUGUGCUUACGUACGGGAAUUUCUAAUGUUAAUCAUAAUACCUACUGAUAAUAAUUAAUAAUAACACAGGGGUUAGUUAAGUCAGUGAGUGUUGUCGAUUCACUUUGUUAGUAUCUAGUGUCAUGCUGUUCCAGUCACUCCAUCCUAUGGCAAUAUUACACUGUUAUUUACACCUGCCCUUCGGUGCGAGUUCUUGGACGACACUCGAGGGACGCUGUCAGUGGCUGUUAUCCUCCGAUUUACCUCUUGGGUCCUGAGAAUCCGAACAUCCCACUCAAGUGUUGUUCGCGAAGUCGGGCCUAAAGUCUUGCACAAACGAUGCUUCAGACAUCAGUGUAUUAAGCUUGUCGGCAUUAAUUAAUGUUUUGUAAAGCUGAGUAGGUCUUUUUUUUUUAUAAGGUAGUGAGAAGUGAAAGUAAGACACGUGUUAGGAUAGAUUCUUAGGUGUUAACUUUAGCUCUUCUUGGAAAAAAUAAUAAAAAUACGCUUAUUAGAAUCCAUGAACCAGACAUUGUGGUCAUUAACUCAUUUUCAUUCACUUAGUUUAAUGUUAGGUUGUAUAUUUAGUCCUAACCUUUUUAAGUUAUACUAAUUUUGUUAUUUUAUUUAUAGACUGUCUUGUUUAAGUCUGUCGAUAUUCGGUCUUUUCUCUAGUAAUUUCCUUUCCUCCCUUCCAUCUCCGAAGGUUUAUAGUGUCAGUACAAUUGAGUUGUGUCAUCAUUAUUUAAUUUUGAAGUGCAUCAAAUUUUUGUUUGCAUUUAAAGAAAAUGCAUAACCUGCUUCAUUAUAAUGUAACGAUACAUUGUAUCAAUGUUUAGAAGAUUCAUGAUUAUCUGAGUCAUCAGUGAAGGAUACCUUAGUCGUGGCAUUGUAGCUGUACGUAAUGAUUGAGUCAUUGUAGUAAGGAUUGAGUCUGUUGUGGGUAGGUUGAGUGACUCCGGACGUGAGGCGCUGCGAGGGCCGCCCGCCGCCCGUCGCCUUCUGGGGGCUGGCAGGCGACUGCUCCAUGCCCCGGGAAACAUUUUUAUCCCGUCCAUAUCAGGAACGUAAAAGUAUUUCCCGGUGCAGGUCAGGCGCCAUCACAUACGGAAUCCAGUUCAUCAUGUAUGUUCUUCGACGUUCUUUAUGUAGGCGUCAGCCAUGUUCUCCAUGUACGGUGUGCUUAGAGUUCAAGCCUGACAGACUGAGUAGUGAUAACCGGUAUGAUGGCGCCAGAAGCUGGUAUCAGAACUUCUGUGUCUUGUUCGACUCAUGGAUUGUAUGUUUAAUAUUUAAGACAAGGAAACAAUCUAGGCACGCGCUCCGUCCUGUCCCUCACAAGCUCCACCUUGAAUUAUAUAUACAUACAUAUAGUCAUGAUCGUCGAGGCGCCGCUGCUUGCUUGGCUGCCACAGUGUUUCGGACACAGCACGAGCCUGUGAGGGGCAACACGAGCGCAUGUCGAACCUAGACUCAUUCUGCAGGAUCAGCAGCAGCAGCUCCCAGCGGGGCAGUUCAUCGGGUGGUGGAAGCCUUAGGUCUUUGGUAGCUUCUGGACGCCAUCUUGAGCCGCUCCACAUAGCAAAUUACCCUUCAAGAGGCCAAGAUGCUACAGGCACAUAACAGUGUUACCUCCAUUUUGUAUCUGUAGUGGUAAUUAUUUCAUAAACUUAGACACCCAUGUGUGACUUGGGAUUUGCUUGUGUAUGAUACAAUGAUACUUUAACAAUUUCAAGGUCAAUGUCGUAGAAAAGUAUGUCCAUAAGUCUCGACAUUGUAACAUUUCACUACCUGAGUUGCAAGUUUUCAUCUCUGGGCAGCAGCGAAAAAAAUUCCAUCAUGUUCAUUCGCAGGUUGUUGAAAUGGUGGUAGAGUCACUGAUUUACUGUUAAGGGUCGCUGUGUGGUCUUGCUCGGUGGACUCUUGUGACGCACUUGGUGUUCGGACGUGUCAACUCUGCGUGCAAUAAGUCUUUCAAAAUAUCAUGAUUGCAGCAAAAUAUACUGGUUGCAAGGCAGCUUAUGUUGAUUAGGCUUCUUUCAGACUCAAACCUAUUUUUGUGAUGCUAACUUUAGCUUUCAUGUACAUAUGUACAAAAUGUACAAAUGUACAUAAAGAAGCCUAAUUUGUUUGAAAACAAAUUGUAUCUGUGAUUCAUUUUGGUGCGUUGGAGACGGUGCAUCUUAGCUUGUAAAUAUUCAUAUUUGUAUAUUUAAUGUGUACAGGAAAGUAAUUUUGCACUUGUGCUUGGAUUUUAACGUGUCAAACUUGUGAUAUGUGAGAAUAAAACUAAAAGCCAUUUA